AUGUCUAAAAUAUCAAAUAAAGACGAACUAACGGAAUCAAAAUAUUAUAUAGAUUGGUUAGAAAAUACAAUUGCCGAUGAAUGUCUUAAUUAUUACGAAUAUUCAGACUUCAAAGAUAUAAAACCAAUAGGAAGUGGCUCAUUUGGUAAAGUCUUUUGUGCGAGUUGGAAAAAUACUGAUGCGAUAUUUGCUUUGAAGUCAUUUGAUGAAUAUAAAUUAACCCUUAAAGAGGUCGUCAAUGAGAUAAAAUUACAAAAAAAAGUUGAUUUUCAUUCAAAUAUUUUACGAUUUUAUGGAAUUACAAAGAUAGAAUUUGUUUCUUUCGAACCAAAUGAUAUUAAUGAAGAAAUAAAUGAUCAAAAUAUAAGUCAAACCAGUACCAAAUCAAGCGAAGUAACUAUAGAUAUUAAUAAAAGUUUAGAAAUAGACGAUUUAUUUGAGUUUGAAAGCGAUUCUAGUUCACAACAAAGUCAAAAUUUUACUCAAUCAAGAAUAUUAGAUUCAACUUUUCAAAUUGCAAAUUUACCAAACAAUUCAAUAGAAUCAAUUU